AGACGACCCCCCGGUGGUCUACUCCAGGUACGCAGACGACGUCCUGAGGAAUGUCAUAAAGAGUUUGAGAGAGCGAACUGAAAUCCUCAAAGAGAAGAGUAUAGACCCUUAUGCCACAUCUCCAGAAAUCACUCCACCUGUUACACCCAUUUUGAGGAAAGAGGACUACGUCAGACAGAAGGAAGAGGAGCGCAUAGCAAAAGAAGAAGAAGACAGGAAGAAGGCAGAGGAAGCAGCCAGAAAGGCGGAGGAGAAAAAGAAGAAAGACGAGGAGAAACGACUGGAGGCCGAGAAGAAAGCAGAGGAGGAGAGGCUGGCGGAGGAGGCCAGGAGGAAGGCAAAGAUUCUGCCGUACAUCAGCUGCUCGUGCUUUGACGUCCUCUUCCAUCCAGUUGAGGAGAAGAUGGACACCGUGUUGGGAAGCACCAUCGAUCCUUUCACGGAUCGUCGGUAUAUCUCCUGGUUGACGGUCGUGGCCGUUGCGUACAACUACAACGUCUGGUUCUGCCCCGCCCGGCUGGCCUUCCCGUACCAUAAUGACACAGUCAACCCAUUCUGGAUAUUGUUCGACGUCCUCUCUGACGUCGUCAACGUCAUUGACAUCGUGGUUUGGCAGCCUCGACUGCAGUUUGUCAAAGCUGGAGACAUUAUUAAAGACAGAGCUCUGACCAAAGUGCAUUAUCGGAAAUCUUAUCGAUUUAAGACAGACAUGUUGAGCAUCAUCCCUUUCGACCUUCUCUCUCUACACUUCGGCUUCUCCUCCAUUUACAGAUUCAACCGCUUCAUCAGGAUAGACUCUUUCUUUGAGUUCAGUGACCGACUCGAGAGUGUCAUGGCCAAAGCUUACAUCUGGAGAGUGGCCCGUACCACAGGUUACCUUCUCUACAUGCUCCACCUCAACGCCUGUGCUUACUACGUCGCCUCAGUGCACCAGGGUCUGGCUUCCACUACAUGGGUGUAUGAUGGAAAAGGCACAGCGUACCUGCGCUGUUAUUACUUUGCAGUACGAAGCCUCAUCAACAUCGGGGGCCUCCCGGAGCCGGUGACUCUGUUCGAGAUCAUGUUUCAGAUGACCAACUUCUUCGUCGGCGUCUUUGUGUUCUCCAGCCUGAUUGGACAGAUGAGAGACGUCAUAGGAGCGGCCACGGCAGCUCAGGCGUACUUUCGCGCGUCGAUGGACGGCUGCGUGGAGUACAUGAACACGUACACCAUCCCAAAGCUGGUCCAGAACAGAGUCCGCACCUGGUACAACUACACCUGGGCUUCUCAGGGGAUGCUAGAUGAGACGGAGCUUCUGGACAAGAUGCCUCUGGUGAUGCGAAUUGCCAUCGCUGUGGAUAUAAACCUGGCCACCUUCCAAAAGAUCCAGCUGUUUCAGGGCUGCGACCAGCAGAUGUUGGUGGACAUGUUACUGAGGCUGAAGUCCAUCAUCUACCUGCCAGGAGACUUUGUGGUGAGGAAGGGCGACAUCGGGAAGGAGAUGUACAUCAUCAAAAGCGGAGCGGUGCAGGUGGUGGGAGGGCCUGACAACAGCAUCGUGUUUGUAACGCUGAAGGCCGGCUGCGUGUUCGGAGAAAUCAGCUUGCUGCAGUCUGCCAAAGACGGAGGGAACCGGCGGACAGCUAACGUGAGAGCAUACGGCUUUGCGAACCUGUUUGUUCUGGAAAAGAAAGACCUGUUCGACAUCCUGGUCCACUACCCCGAGUCCCAGAAGGUUUUGGCCAAGAAGGGCAGGCAACUGGUUAAAACCAAAGCUGCAGCAGGGGCACCAACCAAGGAUGAGAAGCCGAAAGGUCUGACUCUGUUUGGACAGAGACCCCCAACGCCGAAGCUCCUCAAAGCAUUUGGCAACCUGCGCAAAGCGGGGCUGCUCGACAAGCUCAAGAAAGGUGCAGAAGAGGAACAAUAAAAGACGGAAGUUGCUUAAAGUUAAAUGUCAUCAUGUACAGUUUUGUAAAUUUGAACUUUGAUUAUUGCAACACAAAUGAGGGUGCAGAUUUGUGACAGCUCCUAAGAUUUCUGAUUAUUUACCUUUGACAUUUAGGACAAAAAAAAAGAAAAAAAUAUAAGUAGAAUUUAAAUUAAAAUUCAAGUCUAUUGUAACAAGUAUUCUGAUUAACCUUCUCAAAUCCUGAAGAGACAGAAAUCCAUUAAAAUGAACUUAAGAGCAAA